AUGUUUAAUAAAAUCGGAAGUUACCUGGUUUGUAUAAAGGAUAACAUGUUAACAGAUUUGUUUACAAUGUUUACAAAAUUUAACCCUGGUGUGAACUCCCUUUAAAAUUUAUUAUUUUGUUGGAUGUUGCUUGCAAAGUAUUCGUUUAAGAUGUUUUUCUUUCGCCUUAAGAUGCCGUCAACUCGUAACACCAGUAGAUAGUUUCUUAGCGCAUGAAUUUCCAAUAUUUGUCAGGGAGAGCUUUUCUCGGCGGAAGGAAUGAAAUACCAUCUGAUAGUUGAAAUUCUAUGGCCAUGUCAUAACACUGCGUAAAAUCAGUUCUGUAAAGAUUAUGCUAGUUAGCAGUCUUGAUUGCUAGAUUGCCAGGGUGAUAACUGCUUUCAGGAUAACUUACAUUUAUAAAAGUGAUCAACCCAAAACUGUUAUUGUUAAAAAUUACAUUUGUUGCAUUUUGUUUCCAUUUAUUGUGAACUUGUUGGAAAUAUUGUUCACUUUUUUUUUGUAAAAAAUAUUAGAUGUCUAUCAAAAUAUAGAACGAUUAUCUGUACAAUAACUUACUCAAUAUUUUUAAUUAUAUUUUAACAUUAACUUUACAAAGGUGUACGGUUAAUAUAUUCAAUAUGGAAAUGAAUUACAGUUAUAAAGGUGUUUCGGAAAAUGAUACUGAAGGGAAAUAUGAGUAUCAUACACAAAGUAUUUGUGAACAAGCGACUGUUUAUCAUCAGGAUUACACACAACUAGCCCCUGUUACAAUUAUUGUUGUUAUUUGUUAUAUAUUUGUGGCAGUGCUUGCAGUACUGGGGAAUUUACUAGUGAUUUGGACAGUAUGGCGGAAUUGCAACAUGCAUACCGUAACUAACUACUAUAUUGUGAAUUUAGCUAUUUCUGAUCUACUCGUUGCAUCAAUCGUAAUGCCUCUUAAACUACUCGAGUAUACGGCGGAUUGUGAAUGGCAUAUUUUCAAAAGUGAUGGGCUGUGCUCGGUUGUUUCUUACUUACUGCCUAUAUUUGUUUUUACAAGUGUGCUUACCUUGGCGGCGAUUUCAUUCGAAAGGUACUAUGCCAUCGUGCAUCCUUUGUCGGCAAUGAAGAUAAACAGUAAAUCAAGAACACGCAAGAUAAUCGCCUGUACUUGGAUUAUACCAAUAAUAGUUGCAAGCCCAUUCGUCUACUGCCAGAGUCUGGCUUUCACUAUAUAUAGCGACUAUGGGCAAAUAUCUCGUGAAAUUUGUAACGACAGAUUUGAUGAAAUAGAUAUUGCCAUAUAUGGCAAUGACGAAAGUAAACUUGGUGAAUUCAGAAAGGGCUACUUCAUUUUUCUGUUUUUUAUCAUUUACGUAAUUCCAAGUGUGGUCAUUCUAACAACCUGUGUUAAAAUUGCUGUGAGCCUUCUUCAACCAAUUACUGUGGAAAACUCUAUCUUUGGAAGAAAGGAGAACAACAGGAGACAAGAGGAAAACAAGAGAAAGGUUGCUCGUAUGGUUAUUGUUAUUGCAAUCACUUUCAUUAUAUCCUGGUCUCCACAAUAUCUGGUGAGUGUGAUAAGUCAGCUUCAAGAGAAAAGUUUUCUUAGAGAGCGUAACUUCAUCUUCACCAUGCUUAUAACUCACUUUUGUGGAUUUCUUAACAGUUGCCUGAACCCAAUUAUAUAUACGGCAAUGAGUCAAAAAUUUAGAAGAAGUUUUCAAGAUAUUUUGCGGCAUGUAUUUUUCUGUUUUUCGUGUCCAUCAUUGGCACCAACUACUUUGAACUAUGUGGCAACGCGUAGGUACACAUCCACCGUUCGCCAGACUUUUUCCGAUACGGAUGGUAACCAUAUUCCUCUAAAUGACACAAUUUGUAACAGUGAUGUGAUAUGUGGGAGGCGAUUAAGUGGAAAUAAAAGUAGUUCAAGUAGUGGGACAGAUUCAGAUAUUAGACAAAACCCGGUGUGUGGCAAAAAUGCAGUGAGAAAAUACAUCUUUAAAAAACCGGCUUCAAAUGGAAUGAUCAACAAAGGAAGCGACCCAGAAAAGGAAUGCGUGUUAAGAAGUGGCCCUUCUCCUAUUCCUAGACUAAAAAGCAUAUUAAAGAAUGGUGGUAAUGGGUGCAAUAGGCAUGAUACCGAUACUGAUGAUGGCGUUGAAUAGUCGACAUAAAUAUAUAUAAUAAAAAAUAUCAAACUUAAUUUCAGUUAGAAUGGGAAAACACAUUUGUCACGUUAAAUUUUUUUUGUGAAGUUCGUGUGCUUAAAAUUACAUUUAUUUCACUUAGACAUUUUUAUUUUGGAUGUUCGUUAUGCUUUGUAAUGGCAGAUUUUGAAAUGAACGUUACUAAAGUAUAUACAACUUUGUUUAUUGAACAUACUUUUGGCAUACAACUUCUUACCAUUAGGUUAACACAAUUGCGUUUAGACACAUAUCUUAUUUUUAAAAGCUUUUUAAUAUCUUAUGUUUAGGUUAAUGUAUACUUAAAAUGUAUAUUUUACAAUAUCAGUGAUAUUAAAAUUGAAAAUUUUAUUUCAUGUAAAUAUUCAAUAAUGUAUUUUGAUAUUUUGAUUGCGAGUUAAUUGCUUAUUUUGCAUUAAAUUUCAUAACCUCAUUUAAAUCAUUUCUGACAAUUAAUCUUAUGUUUUAAACUAAUAUACACAAUAUAUAAUAUUUUAAUAACUUGUAGAUCAGUGCGUUCGAAACUUAUCAUGGCCUAUAACAUUCGUUUAAUUAUACGUUGAUAUGAUAAAAUCAUCACGACAUAUUUGUGUCAGCGUGAAGUCAUCAUAUUACGUACAAUUAUCUUUCACAUUAUGUUAUUCAAUCUUUCUGCUUAUAAAUGUCAAAACUACAAUAAUUUUAUAAUACCAAUUUAUUAUUGUCUAUAAAUAGUUAUUAAAUGUCAUUCUCCGUGACCGAUUGAUUAAGUCUUACUUUCUGUAAUAAUAUACAGGGCAAUAUCAGAGUACACUCAAUGACCACCCCUUGCCCUAAAUUUUUUUUAACUUUUUACUUUUUGUCAAACUAAAAAUAAAUACUAUAAUUGCGUGCCAAAGAACACUAGGAUACGACAUGACCAUUUCAAAGCGGUGUCAUUCCAUGUUCUUUUUUGUGUGUGCUGUCCACAAUAAUAUGCACUGAUUUUCAUCGCAUAUUCAGCAUAACGUCCGUUUUAUGAAUAACUUACUUUCCCUCACACCUAAGCCCUACAAUUUUAAUUGUAUUAUUCAUAGUUCGUAUAGUAUUGUUUUGUUUUGACACCCCUGCAUACUCUGUCUUUGUACCUUCACCGUCUAUGCCCGUUAUUUUUGUUUCCACUUGUCUGGCUAAUCAUUCGGCUACAUUUCAUGCACGGCGCUCUCACUCAUUGAUUUUUGUAUUCAUAUCUUGUUAUUACCAUUAUAAAGAAGCUUUUGCGAAACAAUUAAAGGGACUCCCCUGAGUUGUUUUGACAUUAUUGGACCGAAAAUAUUUUUCCUGAUAAAUGUACCAUUUGAUGUAAGUUAAGACCACUAAUCUUUCUGCAAAAUUUCAGAUCAUUAGCGCACUUCGUUUUUCCAGACUAAUAAUUCAAAUUGAAAAACAAUGACCCAAAAUGAGUUUAAACGCUUGUCACUUAAAUCGGGCUAAGAAAAGCAUUAAAAUUCGAUUUUUGAUUUAUUUCAAAGUAUAUUUAUUAACUAUCUUUGAAUAUAAUUCUGUUUAAAGUGCCCAAGCUCAUUCAUAUAAGAAAAUCAAAUGUUAUGUUUUUAGGCUUUUAAACCUCAGUGGAGUCCCUUUUAAAUAGAAAUCAAAGUAGUCUAUUGUCAUAAAAAUAUUUAUAUUUAUUUAGAAAUACAAUGUUGAAUUGGAAUUUACCGCCCAAUUAUUGAAAAAGUAAAGAACACUUGCAUUGUAUUCAAAGGCAGUUCGAUCAGCCAUUCAAAAAUAUUUAUAGACUUUACUAUUGAAAAAUAUGGACGUUUAAACUGGUGACUAGAAUUUAUAAUGUGCUUCAAAAGUCGUAUUGACCUCGGUGAAAAUGAUUUUUUUUAGUUCAUACCACACCAUAUUCACCAGCC